UUGGAGAAGAUGGGGAUCUGCCGUUUUCACACCUAUAUGCGCUAUGUACUCCAUAAGAAGAAACACAAAGCAGACCCCGAGCUCUUCAUCAAGAACCUGCAGUUUGAGAAGGUGCCAGUGAGGGUUUAUGAGCCUCGAGCCCCAUCUGCUGGCCUAAGAAAAGGGAUCAUCUUCUUCCACGGAGGCGGUGGGGUAUUUGGAAGUGUUGAUACUUAUGAACACGUGUGCCAACACAUUGCCAGAGAAAGUGAAGCUGUGGUUGCAUCUGUUGAGUAUCGUUUGGCACCUGAGCAUAAGCCCCCAGCCCAGUACGAGGACUGUCUCACAGCUGCCAUACACUUCAUGAGGAAACCAGAGGACUACGGAGUGGAUCCGACACGUAUUAUCACAGCUGGGGACAGUGCUGGAGCCUACCUUGCUGCUACCGUUACUCAAACACUCUCAAGUAGGCCAGACCUUCCUAAACUUCGUGCUCAGGUUUUGAUGUAUCCAUUUAUCCAAGCCCUUGACUUCAAUUUACCAUCGUAUCAACAAUACUGUAGGAUCCCGCUAUUGUCCCAAGAAGAAGUUAUUUUGUUUGCUUUGCAGUGGCUGAAAGGGAACUCAUCAAUUUUGAAACCUGCUCUAGAGGGUGCCCAUAUUCCUCCAGAAAUAAGAUUGAAGUACAGGAAAUGGCUGAGCCCUGACAACAUCCCGAAGGAAUUUAAGGUUAAGGGCUACAAGCCACAUUUUCCCACUGAGUAUAGAAAAGAUAUCUAUGAGCAAAUUAAACUAACAUUUGAUCCACUUACAUCCCCACUUUUAGCUGAAGAAGCCAUUGUUUGUCAGCUCCCUGAGACUUUCCUUAUGACCUGUGAAUAUGAUGUGCUUAGGGAUGACGGGCUCUUGUAUAAGAAACGACUGGAGGACAGUGGUGUCCCAGUAACUUGGUACCACGGUGAAAAUGCUUUCCAUGGAAUUAUUAACCUGUUUGAUAGUGGCGUGCUGACAUUUCCAGCUGGAAAAAGGGCACUGGACAACAUUGUAAGCUUCCUGAGAGGCUUAUGAAAAACAACUUUCAUUUCUUUGAUUAUUACCCUCUCACAGAACGCAUAGAAAUAAGGCUAAAAUGGAUCUCAGGAGGUCAUCUAGUCCCACUUCCUGCUCAAUGCAGGAUUCUCCAUGUCAAAACCAUUAGCAAAAUGUUUGUCCAGUGCCUGGACUUCCACAACCAAUGCACCUUUUCUCUUCCAAUAUUUAACCACCUAUCCCACCGACUUGGAAUGUUUUUUGUAACAUUCAUCCUAACAUCUCCCUUGGUGCUAUCUAAGCCCAUUUUUACCUGCCCUCUCCAGAUACAGAACAUGUGACCACUGUCCUCUUUAGAAGAAUGUUUUUUUCUAAUCAAAGACCAUUCAAAUUCCUCUGCCCCACUCCCAGUCUUUUCCUCUCCACACUAUAUAAUCCAAAUGCUUUUGUCCUUUCUUAAUAUGUCUUCUCUUCCCUGUUAAUUCAUCCCUGGAUGCUGUUACCCUUUUUUUUUUAAUCAAUACAGCUAUGCCAACUGAUAUUCAGCUUGUGGUUCACCAUAGGACCCAAUGGUGAUAAGUGUAAAGUAGUGCACAUAGGGAAAAAUAACCUCGGCUCUACAUACCCACUGCUGGGCUCUGACCUAGGCGUCACACCUCAGAAGGAGGAGAACUUGGAGUCAAUGUAGAUAGCUCCCUACAAACACUGGUGCAAUGUGCAUUGCUAACCAAAAUAGCCAAUAAAAUGUUGGACAUCCUUCAGAAGAGAAUUGAAAACAAAAUGGAAAACAACAGUAUGUCACUACGUAUGCCGACAUGUUGAACACGGCAAGCAGUUCUGGUCUCCCUGUACUCUCCCUCAAAAGCAUAUUCUAUUUUCCUUGUUGGAGACUGGAUUUUGGGCUAGAUGGACCAUUGGUCAGAACAAGUAUGGCACUUUUUAUUUUCUUAUGUCCUUCUUCUGCAGUACGCCAGCAGAGCUAGUUGUUCCCUUAUUGAAGUUAUGCAGCUACUUGUUUUGCCUGGAGUGCAAUGCUUUACAAUUGUCCUUACUGAGUAAUACCAAAGUAUCCAGGUCAUUUCAAACCCUAUCAGUAGCCUUCCAAGUGUCCACUACAGCCAGCUUGGAGUCAUUUGUAAGAUGACUAACUAUGCAGUCCAUCCCAUCUGCCAAAUCAUUCAUGACACUAUUAAACAGGACUGGGCACGGGCCAGAUGGUUGGGGAUCCCCACUAGAUACCUCCCCCAGUUAGACAUUGAAUCAUCAAUGACUCCUCAUUGAGCAUGGUUGUGUAACCAGGUGGGCUGGUUACAGAGGCUUUACCUACUGCUUAUCUGUUGCCUUUAUUUAUGCCUCAGAAAUUAAACCAUAUCAGUAAGAUACACUGUUUCUAUGACGAGAUGUCAUGCAAGAUACCAAUUGAUGCUGAAGUUUAGAGGAUUGUGUGAAAACCCUUUCUGCUGAUGGUUAUCAUAUGCAAUAAUAUAGUUGUCUAUUUUAUGAUUACUUUUCACUUUGCUGCAAGUACUUGCCUUUAUCUGUAUCCAUAAAUAUUAAAAA